AUGUCUGAGCCACAUCAGGGCAGAGUGGAAGAGAACAAGGACGAUGCUGUGAACCUACAAAUACAAAAUACAGAAAUGGACGUUGAGAACACUCAGGAGCAGGAGAGUCAAGUUGAAUCUGACAGUGUAGUCAAGGCUGACAAGGACGAGGGAUCAAAGGAAAUUGGAGCAGAUGUAGUUGAGACCAAGAUUAAUGCAGACGAUAAUUCGGAAAAAGUCAAUAAUGAAGAUUCUCAACCUCAGAAAGUACGAGAGAAGCCAUCACCUCUAACUCUACCUACCGACCUUCUAAAUCCACAUGAAGCGGACUCUCUCCACCCUCCAGACUCACCUACAACCUCACUCAUAACCUCUCUUCGUACCCAAUUGUCUUUGCUGUCGGACCAAUCGAUCCAACUGAACCAAAAGCUCAUAUCGUCCAUAGGUAAAUCGGCAGAUCUGGAAGAUGAGCUACACGAGCUUCAGGCUCAACAUCGAUCGUUGACGGACCAUGCGGGUGAAUUGGAGAAGGAAAAGAAUAAAUGGGAAGAAUCGAUGAAUACUGGAUUACUCGUUGAGCGAUCACAGAUCAAAGAUGAGAUGCAGAAGUUGGCUCAGGGCCUCGUGGAAGAAGAAAGAAGGAGAGGAACAGCCGAGGAAAAGAGAAGAGAGGUGGAGAAUGAGGUGGAUGAUUUGACGGCAAAGUUGUUCGAUCAGGCAAACGCUAUGGUAGCUACUGAACGUAUGUCACGAGCUGAAGCUGAAGCACGAUUGAAAUCGACAGAAGAGAAUCUAGCUGCUGCUGAAGCUGCCGUUCGAGACAUGCAGCUACAUCUACAGUCCUUACCACCUUCUGCCGUCCAACCUUCAGCUAUAUCUCUCUCACCACAUACUACUGCCAACGAAGGAAUCUCAUCAAUAUCGAUAAGCAGGAAAUACCUCUCAUCACAUGUUCCUUAUUCUGAAUUUUUGAAUUUCAUCCAACAUCUCAGAACACUUCGACCUAUCAAGGAAACAUCCAAGAAUACUUUCCCACCACCACUCAUAACCAAUCUUCUCACUCAACCUUUCUUAGCUAGAACGAUCAUAGAAGAUAAUGAUCCUACGUUGAGGUUGGAUACAGCCCCUGAUCUAAGUUGGUUAUCACGUAGAAGCGUUUCUCAAGCCAUCAUAUCUGGUGAUCUCAUUGUCGAGCCGGUGUCGACAGCGACUCUGUUGGCAAGUACCAGUUCUUCAGUACAGGAUAUAAAUUGUAGUCUAUGUGGUAAAUUAAUAUUCAUCCACCAACAACAACCUCAAUCACCUGCUGGGACAUCCCAUUUCGGUCCACCACCUGUUCAUCCUCAACGUACUUCCAAUUCGACCACAUCGAGAUUCUCCCUUAAACCUUUCUUCGCUACUACAACCUCUUCUACUUCAGCUACAAAUCCAAACUCUACACCGAAUGUUCCGUCACCUAGUCAAUCACCUGUGUCUUCGCCUGCUAUAGGUCCAGGUGGAGCCAUCACUUCGGUAUACGUAUUUAGAAUCGCCAAACCCCAGUUGCAAUCUGGUGGUAGCAGUGGUGAUAAGGGAGAUUCAAAGUUAUAUCCCCUAUGUAGGACUGGGUGGUGUCUUGAAAGGAUGAGAGCUACUUGUGCUUUAUGGCAUUUCGUUAGAACAGGUGUGGUUCAUGUAAUAUGGCACGGUGAUGAUGGAACGGGUACUACAUCAACGAUGACGACAAUAACGGAGAAUCAUCAGCAAGUAGGAGUGGAAAGUGCGAAACCGGCUGAGCAAGAUGAUGCCGCCUCUGAACAACCAUCAAUAUCAAAUGGAAGUGGAGAAGAACAGACACAACAACGGCCUCCGCCACUUCCUCAACGUAAGAAAUCAUCUUGGGCGUUAGGAUUCAAGUUAUCUGAUAAGUCCACAGGAGGCUGGACCAGGGGAUGGAAGUCUUCUGGUGGCACCGCUAAUAGUCCACCGGAUUCGCCCGGUGCCGGUAAUGGUGAGGAAACCCGCCGGGAUUCGGUGGGGUCUUUAGGAGCGGAGAGAGAUGAGAAUGGAAGGGUGCAGACGGCUGGUGGGUUAGGAUUAGGUGAGGCAUUGAACAUUGAUAAAAAGGAAACAGAAAGGGAAAAGGAAGUUCCUGUCAUACAAGAACCAUUAUCAUUUUCUGCUGAGAAUGAGAAGGAUCAGUCGACUGGAAUUGAGAGUAGACAAGAUGAAGUAUCAGCCAAGUUGGAUAAAGAUCAAGAAGGAGAAGUAGAUGAAGAGGGAGAAAGAGGAUCAAGUAUACAGGCUCCACCAUUAUCAAGAGCGACGUCGAAUAUAUCUUCUAUCAACACUUCUGAAACUGGAUUUCACACUCCUAAAGGUGGUCAAGCGGACUUACCUUCAGAAGAUGGUCACGAUUCUCCUUCUCCUUCCGAAGAAGUGAAAAGAGACGAACAAAGCACACCUCAUCCACCAUCGCGCGUGGAUACUGAAACAAAGGUAGAGAAAGUGAUUGAAUUGGCAUCUCCCGCCUCUGAUACUGAAAGUCCAACUAAAACAUCUGCUGCCGGUGUUCCUCCUCCUAUACCUCGACGAGCGGCAGGUAGGAAUAGAUUAUCUCAACUUAGUGGAGGCACGUCUACGCCUGUGACUAGCGAGCCGCCUACUCCGGUGAAGGAUAAAGAAAACAACAAAAGGCAAGAUGAGGAUGAGGAUGAGGACGAGUUGAGUAUCUUGAAAGAGUUGAGGGAUGAAUUGGAGCAGAGGAAGAGCGAGGAUGUGAGCAGGGAUGAGAAAAAUGAAGUUAUAUAUAAUGGAAACGGAGAUGAACAGCAGAAUAACAAUACAGAGAUUAGAGAUCUCCAGGACGUCAAGGAUAAAGAUGGAGACCAGAAGGAGGAAGAAGAAGAAGAAGAAGAAGAACCUCCAUUUACACCUGUGAACCUGGAUGAGAAAUUCCCAUUAUCACCAUUACAACAACAAACUUUCCCUUCUUCUUCGUCUUCUUCUACAAGUAGACCUAAUUCGCAAAUUGCUGCGACAGCACCACCACCACCACUACCACCUCGACAUCCCAAGACACCCGUGUUGCAAUUAUCCAACUCGACUGGCACAGAAGGUGAAAAAAGAUAUUUCAGUAUUGGUGAUAAAGGAGAUCAUAGUUGGGAAGGUAAGACUUGGGAAAAGAUCGUUAAAUUAAAGGAAGAAAUGUGGAAAUCUAGAAUAGGAGUUUUAGAUGAGUGA